UUUUUUUUUUUUUUGUAUAUUUCCCCUUGGAUCUUAUUCCAAUUUCCUUCUUUCAUUUUUGUAACUUUUCUCUGAAAUUCCUGCUUCACAUAUCGAAUCAGGAAGGUGAUUCUGGAAACUGGGAAGCAUAAAGCAUUUCAUUGUUGAAUUCUACAGACUGCAAUUUGCAAAGCUUCCGGACAUGGUGAGAUCAUUUGAAGACGAAAUUAUCCUUAGCUACAAUGACCUGGUGCUUCGACGCUCUGACUUAAGCAUCCUUAGUGGACCACGUUUUCUCAACGACCGUAUUAUCGAGUUCUACUUCAGCUAUCUACCCUUAAUCUAUCCUUCCAAUGACAUCUAUCUCGUACCACCUUCAAUUGCUUUCUGGUUGCAAAACUGUACAGAUGAAGAAACCUUAAAAGAUUUCGCUGAGCCUCUAAAUCUACCUGCUAAAACCCUAGUCAUAUUUGCAGUCAACAACAACGACGAUGUUACUGCAGCUGAGGCUGGAACUCAUUGGAGUUUGCUUGUAUUUUACAGAUUUGCAAACGUAUUUGUUCAUCAUGAUAGCUUAAGGGGAUCAAACUGUGCGUAUUCCAGAAAGCUUUAUGAAUCUGUAGCAAGGUACAUGGGUAACUCGGACUCUCAUAUCCCCUAUUUAGAGAACGAGCUCUCCCCUCAACAACAAAAUGGCUAUGACUGUGGAUUGUUUGUAAUUGCCAUUGCAGAAGUUAUAUGCAAAUGGUACACGAGCAGUAAUCGUGUUGAUGGGGAACAUCUUUGGUAUUCUGAUGUAAAGGAGCAGGUAACGCCUUCGUCUGUUUCAGAAAUGCGUGGCGGGAUUCUGAAUUUGAUUAAAGGACUUAUGUUUGCUGAGAACUAGAACAUUUCGACACGGCCAUUUACAUUGUGAAUACAACAGUUUUGCAAAAAAAAAUUGUGUGGAGGUAAAUGUCAGAAUGUGACUAACGCGCUAUCGACUUUACAGGUUAAGGUUUAGAUCAAACUUUGUGCUGUGCUACUCCAUGAUUGUGUACUUUGAUAUGUUAAUGCUUAGUAAAAUUUCAUUUUCUCUAUCCCAUCAUCUUGUAUUCUUGUCCCACAUAGCAUAGUUGAUGGGUUUCAAAACCUUUAAGUUAGAGUUUGAUUAGGAUAUUAUUCAACAUAUUCCUAAGUCCUAACAAUCGAUCAUGACCAUUCCAAACUUUUUAUGGUAUGAAAAUAAAUACAUGCUCAUAAUAAAAUACUAUAUGCUAGUAAUAUUGUACCAUUUGAUAAGUAUUGUAAUUAUGAUAUUUGUCAUUUUCUAA